CUAUAUAUAAUAAAAAGGGUAUAGGAAUGAGCAUGCUGAUCAUAAUGUCGUCUCCUCCAAAGAGCUUGUUAAUCACUUAUCUUAUUUUUCUGCUUCUGCUUUUGGGAAUGGCGUCAAUGGGAAGCUGCAGCAGAGUUUUGAAAGAAGUUAAAGUCGAUGAGUUUAGAAGAUCGGUUCAAGGCAUGCUUCCGAGAGGGCCGGUGCCUCCUUCUGGACCGUCGCCAUGCCAUAACAAGCUCAGCCCCUUCCGGCACACCGAGCUCUCUUAUAAUCACGAUGAUUAUGUCAUCUGCCCAUAAUAUAAGUUAACCCUAGCAGAAGCAGAAGCAGAAAGGGGACUUCUCUUAUUUUCUUUUAAUAUUUGUUUUCAUGACUUUAGAAGAUUGAUAACUCAAUGCACAGUUACUUUUUUUCCUCAUUUUUUUAUUUCCUUAUCUGGGAAAUUAGUGUCGAUAUGUGCAGAGUUGGAUUAGAACAUGAUGUUCCCAGAAGGUUGUUGUAUUUCCAUAUAGAAAAUACAGGAAAGAUUUCGAGCACCUUGUUUAA